UAUUUUCCAUUCAGGGGGCAGCAAAAUGGUCGUCGUUUUUGGGGGGUAAGCAAACAAGGUCUAUGAAAAGGGUCCUGUCAUCUCGUGGCCAAAUCCUUUGUGUUAUCAGUUGACAAGCCCAAUCGAGUUUUUGCCAUUUCCCAACCCCAAAAAGGGUCACCUCAAUAUUGGCUCAACCUUUGAACUUCUUCUGCACCAAUUCUGCUCUUCAAUUCCCAAAGCCUAGCCCCAUGCCUACACCUUCUCAACCCAACCCGCUGCUUUUCCCAUCUCUGGACCAAUCUGCCCUCUCCCUUUGGUCUCACCUCAUGUCAUUCCCGAGGCAGGACACCAUAGUUCUUAUGGUAAUUAUGGAAUUUAGUAAGGGUAUUUUCACCUUUUCACCGUGCCUUGCAUGAAGACGACGACGACGACGAAGAAGCCAGCUUCAUUCAGCCGCUAGCUAGCCUCCAAGUUUUCAGAGAUGUUCAGCGCCAAAAACAAUACGCAUGUCAAGCUCUCUCUCUCUCUCUCUCUCUCUCGCCCUUUUGUUUGUCUCUGCACAUCUCUAUCUAUCUCUCUAUAAAUAUUUUAAAUACUAGUUACAAAAGCCAUGCAAUGAGUAAGCAGUAGUGGUAAUCAAGUUAACUAACCAGCGCAGCCACCUCUCUGAUCUGAUUAAUUUUCUUUUCGAGGGGGGGUCCAUGUCAAACUCAGGUAGCGGUGCUCCGGCGAGUUCGCGGUGGAAUCCGACCAAGGAGCAGAUAAGCAUGCUGGAGAGCUUCUACAAGGAAGGGAUAAGGACGCCGAAUGCGGAGCAGAUUGAACAGAUAACAAGCAGGCUGCAGGCUUAUGGGCAGAUAGAAGGCAAGAAUGUGUUCUAUUGGUUUCAGAAUCACAAGGCCAGGCAGAGGCAGAAGCAGAAGCAAGAGGGCAUCGCUUGUUUCGGUCGCUAUCUCCACCACCAGCCUUCGCCCCUCUUCCCUCCUCCUCCUCCUCCUCCUCCAAAUGUUGUUUGCAGCCCUUAUUACCUUCCACAAAGUGAAGCUACAGGGUUCUAUUCACAGUACCCCAAGCUGCUCCCGCCAGACAGAUCAAUGGAGAUGAGAAAUACUUGCUGGGAUCACUUGGGGAAUAUAAUACUGAAUCAUCAUCAUCAUCAGAAGAGCCAAAGCAACGAACAAGUGGAGGACAAUGGCGAGCAGAAAACAUUGGAUCUAUUUCCAUUGCAGCCCACAGGCAUUCUACAGGCGAACAAGUGUGCUGCUAAUUCUGGGGUUGAAGAAGCCUCUGGACCCGAACAACCCUUCUUCAGCAUUUCUUCUGGAAAUUGACCAAAUACUAAUAUAUGAUUAAAUGCGAAUUAGUACUAGCUGUUUGUUAGUUAGUAAAUAUCGAUUGGAAAAUGUAGAAAUAGAUCAAGAUGGUCAAUUUUUGCAAUGAGCGCAAUAUUAAUUUUCUAGGAUGAUUGGGUUGGUGUAAUUGGGUAGCGGUCAUCUAUGGUAUGGAUCGGCUUUUUGAAGGCGAUAGAUUUGGUUUGGUUAAUUUGGUUUUCUUCGGGGUUACUUGGUUUUGGUGUAAACGAUACUAGUUCGUGCACGGCCUUUGCACGGAAGGUGAAUUCGAUC